UGAUAGAUGGCAGCACAUGUUGUUAAGUCAUCGAUUACGCGGGAAUGUUAAAUAUCGUCUGACUUCAACGGUACAUACGUCGAGAAGACGAAAAUGUGGGAUGAUAUUUUGUUACACUUUAAUGACGAAGAGACUGUCAAUUUAGGCCUACAUAAUGAAGAAUUAAAAGGAAAAGAUGUAUACGAAUGCUAUAGUUUUGCUACUAUCAAAGCUAAUUGUGAGGUCAAAAAAUCUCCAAAUGUCAUAUCAUGUGCAACAGUACAGCAUAUUGCCAUAGCCAUUGAUUCUGAAGUAGUAAUAUUUGAAGUUGAGUGUAAAAAAUUAGUCUGCAUUCUUACUUAUGAUUCAUCAAUAAAUACAAUUGCUUUACAUGAAAAUUAUCCUUUGUUAAUAAGUGCAGAACAAAAUGGAUUAGUGCAUAUGAUUUAUAUUCCAACUAAGAAAAGAUUACUUUCAGUGCCUCUUAUAUCAGGAUCCCAAAUUGAUGAUACUCUUACUUUCAAAUCAAUGUACUUUUUUGAAAAUAUAAAUGGUAAGAAAAUAAUUAAUAUUAAUUUAUACUUAUCCUUAAGUUUUAUUUCAAGGUUCAUUAACACUUACUCACUUAUCCUGCUGGUCCAGUUGACUUAAUUCCUUACCUGUGUGCUGACUGAUUUAAGUGAUUUUACAAUAUUUUCUACUGAAAAUAAAAAAUGAUCGACUAAAGCUAGAUAAAAAGUAAAAACAGUAUCUGAUAUUGGGAACAUUUAUCUGUACAUUACUCAAUUUUGAUGUGUGUGCACUUUGUUUUUAUGUAUUAUACUUUAAUGUUAUUUGGACAUGUUUUAGAGAUAAAGAUAAAAUGAAAAAAAUUAAAA